AUGGUUCCAAAAAGAACCCCGAUUAUACUUCUUUUGUUCAUGUUUCUUACGGUUUCUUCAUCCCACAAAUACAAAAACAAGAAACAUUACAAACCAUGCAAGAACCUAGUCUUGUUCUUCCAUGAUGUUGUGUAUAAUGGGCAAAAUGCAGCGAAUGCAACAUCAGCUAUUGUGGGUGCACCUCAAUGGGCAAACCGGACGAUCUUGGCUAAUGAGUUUCAUUUUGGAAAUAUCGUGGUUUUUGAUGACCCCAUUACUUUAGACAACAACUUUCAUUCCCCUUCUAUUGGUCGAGCUCAAGGUCAAUACAUUUAUGACACCAAGAACACCUUCACUGCAUGGCUAGCAUUUUCGUUUGUGCUUAAUACUACGGAUUAUCAGGGAAGCAUUCAGUUUAUUGGGGCUGAUCCGAUUAUGAUUAAGACUAGGGAUAUAUCAGUGGUUGGUGGGACUGGUGACUUCUUUAUGCAUAGGGGGGUAGCGACUAUUAUGACCGAUGCUUUUGAAGGUGAAGUUUAUUUUAGGCUUCGUGUUGAUAUAAAGUUCUACGAAUGUUGGUAA